GUCACACUCAAGAUUCCGGAGAGGGAAGCCCCGGCUGCGGAUUCGUCGGUCAGCGCUGACCCUCGCGGGCAGCAAGAGGCCAGGGGGAGAAGGGGGCGAUGGCUCGGCCCGACCCGUCCGCGCCGCCCUCGCUGCUGCUGCUGCUGCUGGCGCAGCUGGUGGGCCGGGCAGCGGCCGCCUCCAAGGCUCCGGUGUGCCAGGAAAUCACGGUGCCCAUGUGCCGAGGCAUAGGCUACAACCUGACGCACAUGCCCAACCAGUUCAACCACGACACGCAGGACGAGGCAGGCCUGGAGGUGCACCAAUUCUGGCCGCUGGUGGAGAUCCACUGCUCACCGGACCUGCGCUUCUUCCUGUGCUCCAUGUACACACCCAUCUGCUUGCCCGACUACCACAAGCCGCUGCCACCGUGCCGCUCCGUGUGCGAGCGCGCCAAGGCCGGCUGCUCGCCUCUCAUGCGCCAGUACGGCUUCGCCUGGCCGGAGCGCAUGAGCUGCGACCGUCUCCCUGUGCUGGGUGGCGACGCCGAGGUUCUGUGCAUGGAUUAUAACCGAAGCGAAGCCACCACCUUGUCCCCCAAGUCCUUCCCGGCAAAGCCCACCCUCCCAGGCCCACCAGGGGCGCCAUCUUCCGGGGGUGAGUGUCCCUCGGGAGGUCCAUCUGUAUGCACUUGCCGUGACCCCUUCGUGCCCAUCCUGAAGGAGUCCCACCCUCUCUACAACAAGGUGCGCACCGGCCAGGUGCCCAACUGUGCAGUGCCCUGCUACCAGCCGUCCUUCAGCCCCGACGAGCGCACGUUCGCCACCUUCUGGAUUGGCCUGUGGUCUGUGCUGUGCUUUAUCUCCACAUCCACCACCGUUGCCACCUUCCUCAUCGACAUGGAACGAUUCCGCUACCCUGAGCGCCCCAUCAUCUUCUUGUCUGCGUGCUACCUGUGUGUGUCCCUGGGAUUCCUGGUGCGCCUGGUCGUGGGCCAUGCCAGCGUCGCCUGCAGCCGCGAGCACAGCCACAUCCACUAUGAGACUACUGGCCCUGCCCUCUGCACGGUUGUCUUCCUCCUGGUCUACUUCUUUGGCAUGGCCAGCUCCAUCUGGUGGGUCAUCCUGUCGCUCACCUGGUUCUUGGCGGCUGGCAUGAAGUGGGGCAACGAAGCCAUUGCGGGCUAUGCCCAGUACUUCCAUCUUGCUGCCUGGCUCAUCCCCAGCGUCAAGUCCAUUACAGCGUUGGCACUAAGCUCGGUGGACGGUGACCCGGUGGCCGGCAUCUGCUAUGUGGGCAACCAAAACCUGAACUCACUGCGUGGCUUCGUCUUGGGCCCGCUGGUGCUCUACCUGCUGGUGGGCACGCUCUUCCUGCUGGCGGGCUUCGUGUCGCUCUUCCGCAUCCGGAGCGUCAUCAAGCAGGGUGGCACUAAGACAGACAAGCUGGAGAAGCUCAUGAUCCGCAUCGGCAUCUUCACCCUGCUCUACACGGUGCCAGCCAGCAUUGUGGUGGCCUGCUACCUGUAUGAGCAGCACUACCGGGAGAGCUGGGAGGCGGCCCUCACCUGCUCGUGCCCGGGACCCGACGCUGGUCAGCCCCGUGCCAAACCUGAGUACUGGGUGCUCAUGCUCAAGUACUUCAUGUGCCUGGUGGUGGGCAUCACGUCGGGAGUCUGGAUCUGGUCCGGCAAGACCCUGGAGUCUUGGCGGCGCUUCACCAGCCGCUGCUGCUGCAGCUCAGGGCGGGGCCACAAGAGCGGGGGCGCAAUGGCCGCAGGGGACUAUGCGGAGGCCAGCGCCGCGCUCACCGGCAGGACCGGGCCGCCGGGCCCCGCCGCCGCCGCCGCCGCCGCCUACCACAAGCAAGUGUCCCUGUCGCAUGUCUAGGAGGCCUGGAGGCCGAGGCCCCAGGGACAGUGCUGGAGUGGAAGGAGGGCGUUGUUGGGCUGGGUAGCUUUGGGAAGGUCACUUCCGUUUACCUUCUUGGUGCUGAUGCCCCCUCCCUGGGCGGCUUGGAGAGGGGAAGGGGUCGGGUUCAAGAGAGGACCUGUCCCGCCGUCUUCUGCCGGGGGGCUCGGCUCACGUGCGGUGUUAUUCUAGUUUGCAUUUCUUACUGCCUUCUUUAGAAGAACCCUGUUUUUAAUUUAUAUGUAUUUUAAUUUUUUUUUUUAACUUUGUUGCAUUUUGGCAACAAAAUUUACCUUUGCUUUGGGGACUUCACAACCCUCAAGCCGGCAUUGUAAGGAGGUUACCCUUGGUUCAGGUUUCUUUGGACUGUGUGGUCUAAAUUAGGAAAAUAUAUUUCCUAUACGUGUGUCUUUUUCUUUCUUUUUUUAAAAAAAUGUGAACAGUGACAGGCUGCUGUGACUGGGAAGGUGUGGAUUGUCCUUUUUUUUUUUCCCAGUUAGUUUUUCCUUCCACUGCUUAAAAUGUCCAGGACACUGAGAGGCCAGAGGCCACCUGCUAGUUCUGUGUAUAGGCCCCUCAAGUCCUCCCGGGGAAUGGAGCAUGAUGGUUAGGACCCAUCCCCAAGUGACAAGGUUGGGGAAGCUAAAGAUUUUGGGAGCCUCCUUAACCUUGCUCACAAGCAUUGGGUCAUUUCAUUCAUUCCUGAGAGCCAGCGUCACGCCUUGAAUGGUAGAGGUGGCAUUGUGGAGCCGGACACACACGUUUGCCAUAGUGAGUGAGAGCCAGAGGGCUAGCGAUGGAUUGAAUGAGUUCUGAACCGGUGAGGUGCUGAGCUUCGGGCCAGGGAGGGAGGAAUGGGUGGUUCUUAAUAAGCUCCAGGGAUCCCUUAUUACUAUUUUUAAAUGUACUUGUGCUACAAAUUUCAGUAAAAGUAAACCCAUUUCUGUCUUCUGGAAGUACUUAGGAAUCCUUGCUGAAGGGGGCUCUCUCUUAAAGGACAAAAAACGGAUAUGCUUCCAGUAAUUAAAGUAAAUUCCCAUUGCUUCUUAUCUGCUCCUCCCACCCCACCUCCUUUAUCAUGUUAAACAGGCUUUCUUGCUUUUCUGAGUCCUCCUGGGGAGCGGUGAUUAGAAGCCACACCCACCCGCCAAUGGAGCGCCGCAGCUGGGGAGGGAGGCUGGUUACCUGAGAGCAAACAUUGGCUCCAAGGAAGGAAAACAAGCGUCCCUGAACUCGGGGCUAGGUUAAUGCCAGAUAGUCCCAGAGCAGUCACACUGCCCUGGCAGUCGCUGAAAAAAAAAAAAAAAAAAAAAAAAAGACCCAUACCGUAAGCUUUGUACUAUGGGGCAGUGUAAUGCUACUGUGGGGGCGAGGGACCCCCCCUUGCUCUCUCUUCCUGCUCUUCUGAGAAAGCCUGUAUCGUGACCGACAGCCCCCCCACCCCCAGUUUCUCUGCUAUUAGAAAAGUCUGUUUGCUUUCCUAAUCUGUAUUCAUUCACUAAGAGUGUGAGGGCCAUUACUGGGAAAUGUGCAUCAGCCAGCAAGUGACCCCCACAGAAGUUUCGUCCCCACAGAAGGCAGAGCUCAAAUGGCCAAGCCGUGAAAACUUCACAAAGCUUCCCUAGAAAAACAGCUGGAGUCUAGGCAGGGAGGAGAGAGAGAGAGAGAGAGAGAGAGAGAGAGAGAGAGAGAGAGAGAGAGAGAGAGAGAGAGAGAGAGAGAGAGAGAGAGAGAAAGAGAAAUGCUUAAGACUUAAGUCUUCGGGUUGCUCAGAAGCUGUUCACGUGUGCAAAAUGCGCUACCUUUACUCACGGAUGCUUGAAUUGAAAUGGAAACUUCGGUGGCUUCCACAAAACUCCUGGCACGCACACCUAGCUGUAGAACUCUGUCAGUCUUAGUCUCUAUUCAGAAACCUCUUCCGGGAAGCUCAAUAGACCCCUGUCUCCUCAGUACCACUUUUCCUGUCUUUUCAAAUGAGGCCCUUUUCUUAGCCCCUCGACCUCUUGGCUUGUUUAGCAGCACAUCUUUCCGGGAUCUGCAGCCCGAGUUUGCGUUGUUCCUUCUUCACAAAGAAAACUGUGGAGGAAUCUAGAAAAGAUGUACAGUGUGUCUAAACGUUGUGGGAUGAAGUGGAGGAAAGUGAUUUAAUUCAUAAAAAAAUGAUUUUUUUUUCCGUCUUAGCAACAUGCCAAGGUGGAAAAAGAGCAAUUAAUUCCCUUUGAAAAAUAGGAAAGUUGAAACAGAUGGAUGCCAAGGCGGUGGACUACGUAGGUUUGGAAGAAGCCUCAGAUCUCUCUUUGUUUCUGUUCUCAUCCUUGCCCUCCUCCUCCUUUCUUCUCUCCUUCCCUCAGGAGACAAAGAGAGAGCCCACCUGCCUCCCUGAAGCCUUCCUCACAUCCGUCUCUGGCCAGCCCUAGGGGAGGGGAGCGGGAAGCUGCCUGUACGGGUGGUCACCCCCUCUUCCCACCACACAUUUCCCUCUGCUUUGCAUUUCUGUUGUGAUAACAAUCAAUGAAAUGACAGGAAAAGCUGUGGGGCAGUUAGCAACUUCUGCCCCGCCAGCUUUGUGUCCCUGGGGAGGACUUGGCCGGGCCGCAGCUCCAGUGUGCACGCUCUGGCCACCUCUCUCACCUCUUGGAGCCUCCUGAUGCUUCCCAGGUCAGAGGGGGAGGAUUUAGGUAGUCUAAAGAAAGACAUGGGACCUCCAAUGGCCAAAUGUUAGGAUGGUUGGUUUGGUUUGAUUUUUUAAAAAAAUUUUUUUUAUUAUUUAAAAAUAUUAUUUCCCUCACACUUUGAAGUUGUCUGAAUUGGAUGAGAAUCAUUUUCCUUGGUGCCUUAUUGGUUUAUUCUUGCGACCCUUUUGUCAUAUUUUCAUGUGACCAUCGCCAGUGGCCAGGGCCUGGGUGUCAUGCCUCGUGUGUAAUUGUGCGCAUGUCCAAGCUUAACUAACGUGUCGCCGAUGGCACUUGUUCUAAGUUGGUAUUCAUUAGGCUGUUCCCUCCUGGGCCAGGGCAGCACUAAUCUUGACACCGGCUGCCAAGAGAAAACGUCAUGGAUCAUACACCCAACUUUAAUAACAGCAUCCGUGACCUGCACCGGCGAGCGUAGAAUGGGAACCCCAGAGCUAGGGGGCACAGUUGUAUAUUUUAAUGAACUGCUGUGCCCGCUAAGGAAGCUCCUUCCACUUUUGUGCUCUACAGAAAGACCAAGGCGGGUGGGAGGGACAAAGCUUUGAAUAAGUGCUUUCUAACACCCGAAUGUGGCCAACAGGACUGAGCACAUCACAAAUCUAGGCAGGUGUGAGGUACCGUGGCCGCUAAGAAUUGCCUGCUGCCUCCCUGUGUCCCUUUCUUGUCUCCGAAGUCCAAUCAAGUGAUCCUGGGAAAGAAACGGCCUGGCUUGGGGAAGACAGCUCAGAAAGAAAAAUUAUCAAGACAUCAAAGAAGGGUGAAGGGGAGGCAGGAUGUAACCAACCCUGUUCAGACUCUCAGAAGCUUCUGGUAGCUCAAUGACAGUUGCAGGGUGUUUUAUUUUUUUUUUUUUUUAAUCCAGGAUAAUAAUGUCUGUCUGUGGUACAUCAUUUGAAGACAAUAUUAAUUCAUGUUGUUACAAACUAUGUAUAGUAUGUAUGUUUUGUGGGUAUGUAUAUACGUAAUAUAUAUAUUAUAUAUAUGUAUAUGUAUAUGAGAGAGAGAUUUAGUGACUUUUGAUACGGGUUGGUGCAGGUGAAUUUAUUACUGAGCCAGAUGAGGCACAUACCGAGUGAGUAGUUGGGGUCCAGGGCAUUCAGUGCUGUGUAUGAUUUGCAUACAUGUAUAGUGCCUAUCCAUCCCAUGCAGUAAGAAUCGUCACUGUCAUGCCAAAUCUAGCACUCACAAGUCAGAGCCAGCAAUAUUUUAUUUGUAGACAAUCAGCUUGACUGGCAAUGAUUAAAAUUCUGAAUCCAUAACACUAGCAAAAGGAAACCCAGAGUAUUCUGAAGAGAGGUUUUGUUUUGUUUUGUGCCUGGAAGUCAGUACAACAGCAAUUAUAUGUGGUUAUGUUAGUCUCAAGAUCCUUAACUUGUUGACCUUAUUAUUUUGGAAUUUUUUUGUAUUAUAUUUGUGGGAAAGUAAAAUAAUGGUUUAAGAUUUUUAUCAAAUAUGGAGAUUAGUUAUUUAUGAAAAACAAAGAAAUGUCUAUUUUUGUUUCUUUGUUCCCAAUUCAUGUAGAUAACUUUUUAAAAUGCAUUAAAGCAAUGGUGAAGAAAAUAUAA